AUGACUUCUUUUUUCAAGGUUGCAGCGGUCAUAAUCACGUUGUUUGGAUUGAUCUAUUCCGAGACCACCCCGAAAGUUCAAUACCAAAGUCAAUGCUGCCCUAGCGAUGGUACGGCAUGCUACCCUUCGCCAAGCUUUUGCUCGGACAGAGGCCACUGCAGGCCCAAUAUAGCAGAUUAUUUAUGCGAUGCUUCCGGUGGAUCGUGUCAGCCAAGCGGGGGUCACGCCCGGGCACCAAAAUAUUUCCAAUGUGGUUACCAAAGGUGUUAUGGAGAAUUUAAAUGUGUGACUAUCGUCUCCAGCGGAAAGACUCAAUCUCUUGAUGAAGAGGGCUCUUCACAACAAUCUAUUCCUUCGAGAAUCGCGAAGGGACAAGAAUCGUGA